AUGUGGUUUGCAAAUUCUUCUGCAAUUUCUCUUGGUUACUGUUCAAAUGAUCCAAUUAAAGCAAUCUUUAUAGUGGAUGUAAUUUCAUUAGUAGGACCUCAAGCAAAUGUAAUUAUUGUUGAUAAAGAAGAGGCAACGCUUGUAAAAUUCUUGGUCCUUUUUCAGUGA